AGUCUUGGGAAAUGGGAAAGGCGACUACUUUAUAAAACAGAGAAGAAGAUACAAAGAUUAGGUGAUUGUGUAACUUUUCAAUCUGGAGGAGAAAGUGGAACCACCACCAUUUGGAGCUCUGGUUCCCUUGGUUUUCUAGAAGCCUCCACAGAUUUAGACAUCCUGGGACUCCUUGUUUAGCUCAAGCAUACCAGUGAACUGGCAGAUGCAGGUAAUUGUAAUUGACAGUGAUAUACAAAUAUUAACUGGUCAAAAAAUACCAGCCCAUGUGACACAGUGAGAUUUAUCUCUACAAAAAAUUAAAAACUAGCUGGGUGUAGUGGCGUGUACCUGUAGUCCCUGCUACUCAGGAGGCUGAGGCAGAAGGAUCACUUGAGCCCAAGAGGCCGAUGCUGCAGUGAGCCAUGGUCAUGCCACUGCACUCCAGCCUAGGUGACAGAGUGAGACCCUGUCUCCCUUAACCAAAAAACUUUUUUCCUGCUGUGAUUAUCUUAAUAAGAAAAUAAGGGAAAGGAUUUGAUAUAUGGAUGGACUUCACCCUCCCACUCCUUGGUUUCAUGGAUUUUAUGCUUUAAAAAUUAAUUUUUAAAAAUACCUAUUUUGGUUUUACGUUUUUGCCUUAAAUGAUUUAGUUUGCCCCAUAAGUUUUUUUUUACAUUAAACAAUUAUAUUUCACUAAGACCUUUUGUAGUUGCUGAAUAUAUGAAAGGACCAGAAUAGUUAUCGACAGUUACCAAAUAGCUUAUUUGGAAAAAACUAAAACUGUUUUCCAAAUCAGAAGGGGCUACUUUUAGUACCUAGCAAUGGAAUAAGAUGAGAUUACUUGAUGCAUGUUCUAUCACUUAUUUUGGGGUCCCUUAAGUGUGUAGUGAUUUCUGUGGGUUACUUAUGUAGACGCAUAGACAAAGAAGCCUGUAAUUAGCUCUUGUCAGAGCAUUCCAGAGCUCUCAUCUCUUCAGAUCCUUUAAGGACACAUCUGUUUGCAGGGCGCUCUGAAGUGAACCUAAAGCAUCAUCCAACUCAUACAACAGCAGAAGCCACUACCUUUGAAUAGGAGAACAAUGUGACUUUAAGUAGGGCAUUUUCUUGGAGUCUUGUUUGUUUUUCCUCGUAGCAGCGAUUCACUUAGGCUUUUCCAUCUACAAUCUCUUUGGAUUCUUCUGUGACAGAGGGUGAGCCUAUGUCAACUCUAGUGAUUCAGUCCUGAGGCUUGGAAUAGAAAGACGGUGAUUGUUUCACACAGGGGUAAACAAUCUACAGCCUCAGUCUGCUCACCGCCCAGAACUACCUUUGUGUGUCUCAUCGGAACACAAGAGUGUGUUGGUAUCCACCAGGAAGCUCAUUACCACAUGGAAAGUAAAAGAAAUGUGUUACAUCUUCUGCAGGGGUUUUGUUGUUUGGCUUUGUAGCAUAGAGAGCUUACGCUGCAGAUUCAACAUAACCACAUUUCAAUUAGCAAUUGUUGAAAAAAAAGUUGCGUUAUUAUGCAAAUCAGUUAUUUAAAAUCUGCAAAUAAAGAAUUAAAAUAAGAGAGAAUCCUUGGAAGGUCAGCCUACAUUUCUUUCCCUAUUUGAUGAGAAUGUGUUUAGUCAGGCAGUGGCGGUUUUUAUCUAAAUAAAGGAUGAAGCUACCCUUUUACUUUGUAAAAACUAAUUAAAGGAAUUUUAAUUUGCCUGAGUAUAUGGUAAAUUGAUUGUCAUUAAGUAGGAAUUUAGAUGUCCUAUCAUUCAUCACAUAAAAAUAAACCUCCUUUUUCUUUGCCAGAAUUUCUUAUUAGAAUAGAGAAACAAAACAAUUAACAAAAAGCCAGAUCGGAGAUAUCUGUGUUAGAACAAUAAGAAUGCUCUGGCUUAUAUUUAAGAAGGAAGCUCUAUGAUCAGUGAAGAACUGGGCUACUUCUCUUUCGGCUAUUUUGAAAAUGCUUACCUUGUCUUUUAGCAGCUCCCUUCAACAGAGUAUCCCAAAUCACUAUCCCCAAAUGCUGAGUUUCUCUUCUUUUGCUUAGUUAUUAAGGAGUUGGGAAGAACAUAUUAAAGGACUGGAAAGUUCUUAAGGCAUUAUAUUCUUUUCUCCUAAAGCAAUUGAAGUAGCACUUAUUAAUAGUUAUUUAGUUAGAAUAUAAGAUUACCCAGAAAUUUCGACCAUACAAAGAAGUGAAACACUAAUCCUCAGUUCCUACAGUGGAUGUCCAUCUGCAGUGGUAGAUCGAAACCUGGGAUCUGUCUGGUCACUCUGAUCCCUUGUUACAGAUAUUUAGGACUUCUUAAUUAGCACAACCCUCAGUAAACUGGGUUCAGUGAGCACCUGACUUUUGAUUGGUGGGUAUAUCUGGGUUUCAGCAAGAUGUAGGGCAGAGUGUGUAUAUGUAGCUUGUUAGGAUAAACUCAUCUGUUUAUGGUUCCAAUUCUACCUCUCAGGGUUGGAGUGAUCCUAAAAGAUAGGAUAGCAAGUACUCCCUCUAAGGAAUGUUCUGGAGAUGAGGGCCCCUGAAGACCACACUAUUUAUAUUGGUGGAAACAAACUUAAAUAAGAGCCAGUCUUCGAAGGAAAAACACAGAGAGGAAAGAUUCUAGCCAGGCUGUGUAAGCAAGCCAGAGGGUUUCAUGGAAGGGGUGAAAUGGUCUUGAGAGGCCCCUCACCCUCUUUAGAGGUUGGGAGGGGGAUAUAAGGCUCUUGGUGUUUGAGAGCAUCAAAUGGGCUUCUUUGCAUCACAAUUAGUGAUGUAAAAAGGUAGAGAUUUUCUAGGGAUGUGAAGGAUGGCUAACAGGAUGUCUAGCAUGUGCUGUCAACUUCUAGCUGCCAGUGAUCACUGAGUACCAUUGAGAAGGGCAGUUGUUGUCCAGGAUUAUAUGGAAGUUGACAAUAAAUCUGGUUUGUCCUUGGAGUUACUGCAAGUGACAUAUAUUUCUUCACUGAAAAACUUCCAUGAUGGAAUUAGCCUCUCAUGGCACCAGAUUCCCCAGCCCCAGGCUGUCAGCCAGGCCGAGCCGAAAACGUACACUGUCCAUAUCACCGCUGUCCGAUCAUAGCUUUGACCUUCAGACCAUGAUAAGGACGUCUCCCAACUCCUUGGUCACGAUUCUCAAUAAUUCCCGUAGCAGCUCUUCAGCAAGUGGCUCCUAUGGUCACUUAUCUGCAAGUGCAAUCAGCCCUGCCUUGAGCUUCACCUACUCUUCUGCGCCCGUCUCUCUCCACAUGCAUCAGCAGAUCCUAAGCCGACAGCAGAGCUUAGGUUCAGCCUUUGGACACAGCCCUCCACUCAUCCACCCUGCCCCAACUUUUCCAACACAGAGGCCUAUUCCAGGGAUCCCUACGGUUCUGAACCCCGUCCAGGUCAGCUCCGGUCCUUCCGAGUCCUCACAGCAGAACAAACCCACGAGUGAGUCCGCAGUGAGCAGCACUGGUGACCCGAUGCACAGCAAGAGGUCCAAGAUCAAGCCGGAUGAAGACCUCCCCAGCCCAGGGGCUCGGGGGCAGCAGGAACAGCCGGAAGGCACAACCCUUGUCAAGGAGGAAGGGGACAAAGAUGAAAGCAAACAGGAGCCCGAAGUCAUCUAUGAGACGAACUGCCACUGGGAAGGCUGCACGAGGGAGUUCGACACCCAAGAGCAGCUUGUGCACCAUAUAAAUAAUGACCAUAUCCAUGGAGAGAAGAAGGAGUUUGUGUGCAGGUGGCUGGACUGCUCAAGAGAGCAGAAACCCUUCAAAGCCCAGUAUAUGCUGGUAGUACAUAUGAGAAGACACACGGGCGAGAAGCCUCACAAAUGCACUUUUGAAGGUUGCACAAAGGCCUACUCGAGACUAGAAAACUUGAAAACACACUUGAGAUCUCACACUGGAGAGAAACCAUAUGUCUGUGAGCACGAAGGUUGCAACAAGGCUUUCUCAAAUGCCUCUGAUCGCGCCAAGCACCAAAACAGAACGCAUUCCAAUGAGAAACCAUAUGUGUGCAAAAUCCCGGGCUGCACUAAGCGUUACACAGACCCAAGCUCCCUCCGGAAACACGUGAAGACAGUGCACGGCCCAGAGGCUCAUGUCACCAAGAAGCAGCGAGGAGAUAUCCAUCCUCGGCCCCCACCCCCGAGAGAUUCCGGCAGCCAUUCACAGUCCAGGUCGCCUGGCAGGCUGACUCAGGGAGCCCUCGGUGAGCAGCAGGACCUCAGCAACACUACCUCAAAGCGGGAAGAAUGCCUCCAGGUGAAAACCGUCAAGGCAGAGAAGCCCAUGACAUCUCAGCCAAGCCCUGGUGGUCAGGCUUCAUGCAGCAGCCAGCAGUCCCCCAUCAGCAACUAUUCCAACAGUGGGCUCGAGCUUCCUCUGACCGACGGAGGUAGUAUAGGAGACCUCGGUGCCAUCGAUGAAACCCCAAUCAUGGACUCGACCAUUUCCACUGCAACCACAGCCCUCGCUUUGCAAGGCAGGAGAAACCCGGCAGGGACCAAGUGGAUGGAGCACGUAAAACUAGAAAGGCUAAAACAAGUGAAUGGAAUGUUUCCGCGACUGAACCCCAUUCUACCCCCUAAAGCCCCUGCAGUCUCUCCUCUCAUAGGAAAUGGCACACAGUCCAACAACACCUGCAGCUUGGGUGGGCCCAUGACACUUCUCCCGGGCAGAAGCGACCUCUCUGGGGUGGACGUCACCAUGCUGAACAUGCUCAACAGGAGGGACAGCAGCGCCAGCACCAUCAGCUCGGCCUACCUGAGCAGCCGCCGCUCCUCGGGGAUCUCGCCCUGCUUCUCCAGCCGCCGCUCCAGCGAGGCGUCGCAGGCCGAGGGCCGGCCGCAGAACGUGAGUGUGGCCGACUCCUACGACCCGAUCUCCACUGACGCCUCGCGCCGCUCCAGCGAGGCCAGCCAGGGCGACGGCCUGCCCAGCCUGCUCAGCCUCACGCCCGCCCAGCAGUACCGCCUCAAGGCCAAGUACGCGGCGGCCACGGGCGGACCACCGCCCACGCCCCUGCCCAACAUGGAGAGGAUGAGCCUGAAGACGCGCCUGGCGCUGCUCGGGGAACCCCUCGAGCCCGGCGUGGCCCUGCCUCCCGUCCACGUCCCGAGGAGGUGCAGCGACGGGGGAGCCCACGGCUACGGGCGGCGCCAUCUGCAGCCGCACGACGCACCGGGCCAUGGGGUGAGGAGAGCCAGCGACCCCGUGCGCACGGGCUCCGAGGGCCUGGCCCUGCCCCGGGUGCCGCGAUUCAGCAGCCUCAGCAGCUGCAACCCCCAGGCGAUGGCCCAGUCCACGGAGAAGCGCAGCCUCGUGCUUCAGAAUUACACACGGCCCGAGGGCGGCCAGCCCCGAAACUUCCACUCGUCCCCGUGUCCUCCUAGCAUCACCGAGAAUGUCACCCUGGAGUCCCUGAGCAUGGACGCUGAUGCCAACUUGAACGAUGAGGAUUUCCUGCCGGACGACGUGGUGCAGUAUUUAAAUUCCCAGAAUCAAGCAGGGUACGAGCAGCACUUCCCGAGCGCCCUCCCGGAUGAGAGCAAAGUGCCGCACGGGCCCGGUGACUUUGACACGCCCGGCCUGCCAGACAGCCACGCGGGCCAGCAGUUCCAUGCCCUCGAGCAGCCCUGCCCCGAGGGCAGCAAAACGGACCAGCCCAUCCAGUGGAAUGAGGUCAGCUCCGGAAGCGCCGACCUGUCCUCCUCCAAGCUCAAGUGUGGCCCGCGGCCCGCCAUGCCUCAGACUCGCGCCUUUGGGUUCUGCAAUGGCAUGGUGGUACACCCACAGAACCCUCUGAGGAGCGGGCCCGCUGGGGGCUAUCUCGGGGAGAACAGCAGCCCCUAUGGUGGCCCAGAGCACGUGGUACUGCACAGCAGCCCCGGAAGUGGCACCAGUGGAAAUGCCUUCCAUGAACAGCCCUACAAGGCCCUGCAGUAUGGAAACUGUCUCAACAGGCAGCCAGUGGCCCCUGGUGCGCUAGACGCUGCCUGUGGGGCAGGGAUUCAAGCCUCAAAGCUGAAAAGUACCCCCAUGCAAGGGAGCGGGGCCCCGCUGAAUUUCAGCCUGCCAGUAGUGCCAAAUGAGUCAGCUGGCAGCACGGUAAAUGGCAUGCAGACCCAGGACCCGGUGGGACAGGGGUACCUGGCUCACCAGCUCCUUGGCAACAGCAUGCAGCACCAGGGGGCAGGCCGUCCCGGUCAGCAGAUGCUUGGGCAGGUUAGUGCUACCUCACAUAUCAACAUCUAUCAAGGUCCAGAGAGCUGCCUGCCAGGGGCUCACGGCAUGGGCAGCCAGCCGUCAAGCUUGGCAGUUGUCAGGGGCUACCAGCCAUGUGCCAGCUUUGGGGGCAGCAGGUGCCAGGCUGUGCCAAGGGGCAGCCUUGCUCUGCAGUCAGGGCAGCUCAGUGACACAAGUCAGACCUGCAGGGUGAAUGGCAUCAAGAUGGAGAUGAAAGGGCAGCCCCAUCCUCUGUGCUCUAAUCUGCAGAAUUACUCUGGUCAGUUCUAUGACCAAACCGUGGGCUUCAGUCAGCAAGACACGAAAGCUGGUUCAUUCUCCAUUUCAGACGCCAGCUGCCUGCUACAGGGGACCAGCGCCAAAAACUCUGAGUUACUUUCCCCAGGUGCUAAUCAGGUGACAAGCACAGUGGACAGCCUCGACAGCCAUGACCUGGAAGGGGUACAGAUUGAUUUCGAUGCCAUCAUAGAUGAUGGGGACCACUCCAGCCUGAUGUCAGGGGCCCUGAGCCCAAGUAUCAUUCAGAACCUUUCCCAUAGCUCCUCCCGUCUCACCACGCCUCGGGCAUCCCUCCCGUUCCCAGCGCUGUCCAUGAGCACCACCAACAUGGCUAUCGGGGACAUGAGUUCUUUGCUGACCUCCCUAGCGGAAGAAAGCAAAUUCCUUGCAGUUAUGCAAUAGGCUUUAGGAAAGAAAAGGACUGCAACAAACAUAAAUCUAUAGAAGUCGAAAAGAUUAAACUGACUUUGUUUUGGCUGUUUUUUUUUUUUUUUUUUUUUUUUUAGUUCUGUAUGUAUGUUAGCAAUCUCAUCUCACCUACCUGGGAUGUGUUUCAAAUAUAUUCCUUUUAUGGAAAAGGACUCUGAAAAACCCUAAAGUAUUCUAGGGAGAAACUGUCUUCCAUUUCAGUUUUGAAUCAGUAUUGUUACACUCAAACCACCCUCUUUUUUUAAAACAAACAAACAAACAAACUGUAAGCCCGCCCCCUUUUUUAGUAAACCAAUGUAAAUGUGUGAUGUGCAUAUUCUUUCGUUUAGAAGAGCAGUCAAAUUAAAGGAUUUGACAUGUUUUGCUGUUGCUCAAAGGAAAUAGGAGUUGGUGUGCUUGUGACCAAGGAGUUAAACGCUUCCAGCUUUUAAAAUUCUCCUUUACAUGUGCUCCAUGUUUCGUUUUGUGUUUUGAUUUCUGUUUUUUAUUUUAAUUCCCACAUUGGGCACAAGAAUCAGAAUAUGGAUAGUGAGUUUAAGAAUCUUUUGUGGUGCACUGUAGCAUAGUUGGCAGAAUACACAUGUUCUCCCCAUCCCCAAUUCAGUUCAGGACACUCUUUCCACAGUUACACGGAAGUGGGAACGUGGGGCUCUUGCAGAUGAAACAGGCGCUCACAGUUUCGGUUUUCAGCUCUUGGUGUUCGUAAGUGUGCUUUGGGGGAGGCUGUGUCUGUAUGGCCGGUUCUCAGUGACCACAUGUGCCUCUCCUCCCACUACCUUCAUGAAUAUUCACUGCUGUUUAACACGCCAGAGAGAAGGGACAGGCAGUUGGUGACACUCAGCCACGUUGCUACUUCUAUCUGUUCUGGUAAGGAAUUAGAGAGCUUGUAGAUUGAAGCAAUUGGGUAAAAUUAGUUGGGGGAAUAUUUGUGGGUUUGUUGUAUUUGCUGAUUAGUUCCAUCUCUUUCCAUUGUAACUGAGAAUGGAUGAUAUAUAGCUCUAAGUAUAUAGGUAUUUAAACAACCCCACAAGCAGCUGUAUCAGUAACAUUUAUUAAUUCCGCUACAGUGAAGGAGAAUUUCUAUUCUAAAUACCUUAUUUUGAGGGAUUUAUAAAACUUAGUUGUAAAAGAGAAAGCCCACACAGUGGGAAUAAAUUGCUUCAGCCAUUUUUAGUGUUUUGAGAGCCCUAGGGAAGGUGUUUAGUAGCUGUGUGGAUGCGUUUUUUCACAUCCUGUCUAUUGAAUGCUGCAUCCAUUGACGAAGUUAAAUGUUACAUGCGGUUAGUCCGUCAUGUGGACUAGAUCUGUACUUCUGUUUUGGAUUAAAACAUUUAAAGAUUUUUGAAGUGCAGCUGUGCCCCAAGGUCAUACUGUGUGUGCAAAGAGUACAUGGAUUUUCCAGCAUAUUGCUUUAAAAAACAUAUAAACUAUUAAAAUAUGAACACCUGGGGCUACCUGCUGUAUUCUGUUCCAUUGACCCCCGGAAUUGGAUUUAUUGGAAGUGAUUGAUAAUUCAAUUAUGUGGCUUUUCCCCUUUAUUCCUCCCAUUUCAAUUACAGCAGAAGGACAAAAUCAAGUAAAAUAAAAUGUUAGAUAAUAGUGUUAGGACCCGCCCACUUUUCUCAUGUUUAUGUUGCUUUCAUUUGAACCAAGAAUCUCUGCAUGGAGGUUGAUUUGCCGUUGGGGACUUUGGCUAAGACUGCUGGGUUUGCUUUCAACUGGAUGUUCCUGAGAUGAGCAGAGGGAUGCCGCAAUUCCCCCUCCAUGCCUGCUUGUCCUCCUCCAUGUAAGUCGUCUUUGAAAUUAAAGGAUGUGUCUCCUUUGGAACAGCCCCAGAACAAAAGAGAAUGAGUGAUCUAAGCUUAGGAGAGUAGAGGCUCUACACUUUUCGGCUGAAAAAGCAAGGCUUUCUCUGUGUUUCUGAAACAGGACAUGAUGUUGUCACAAAAUCAGAGAUCCAGUCUCACUUUUCCACGAAUCUCCUUAUCUCUAGGUCCUGGUCUUAUCUGGUGUGCUCUAAUGGUUUGGCUCAAUCCCUUUCCAACCCUUGUUUUCAAAGCAUGGGGCCUGAGUGUUCUCCACUCCUGAGCAAGGAGCUUGGAUGGAAGGCACCAUGCGGACCUCCUCCAUCCGUGGGCUCUCCCAGUAGUAUUCUUGGAUGCAACUGCAUUUCUCAGUUACUAUCAUUUCCUGCACCAGCUUCGUCCUUCGUGGAGGGACGAAUGUGAUCAGGCCCACCACUGUUGUCUUGUGCUUCUGCUCCUUCCUGUGGUUUCAGGUCAUUUUCUGGGUUUCCCCCAUUUUUUUUCUUAUUUGCUUCCCUUGCUAUUGCUUUUAGAUUUGCAGGAGAUGCAAGUUUCAGCUGAAUGGUUGGCUUCUCUCAAUAUGGAAAUUUCAGGAUGGAGGAGAGGAGGGAGGGAAGAAGAAAGUAACUCCUCCAGAAUUUCAAUGAUCUGUCGUGGCAGUCCAGUGGAAGGAAGGUCUUUUGAGGUCACUUAGAAGCAUCCUUUUGGGCAUCUUUGGGGAUCUCUGUAGGCUAGGCAUCUCAUAUCUUGAGACCCCUUCCCAGCCUCUCUCAAUUUCUCUAACCUAUGUAUUUAGAGCGAGAGGACCGCCUCACUAGUGUCACCAUCCUGCCUUUUAUAAAAAAUGCAGGCUCACACCUGGUACUCCUACUUAAUGUAUGUGUCAAACUUUUUAUUUUUCUAACCAUUUUUGUUUUAUUUUUCUGAAAAAGUUAACCCCUCCCAGCUCCUCACACAUUGGCUCUUCCUCUUGAGCCACAAAGUUUUGAUUCUUACGAUAUAUGUGCCUUAUUUUAUGUUCAUCUUGUCGAUGAGAGGGACCAGUUGGUGUUGCCCAAUCAGCACUCCAAGGCUGUGCAUGCACUGGCCAGAGAGUGCGCGAUGGUAGCAGAGUCAGGGCUGUCUUGUGUCCUGGAUUCCUGUGUUGUUUUGAACUGAUAAGAGGAUGUUCUCUUUUGACAAGUUACCCUUGUGUAUCCUGCAGAUGUGUAAAAUAAAAUACAAGUUCAUUUUUUUCACCUUUUUUAGAUUUUUAAAAAAUAAAAUGUGUAAUCCUUUUUUAAAAGAAACACAUGUAAAUACAUUUAAGUAUUGUAGGCAUAGCGUUCUGAAGUGACUGGCCCAGGCGUUCCUCGGACAAGCCUGCGGUCCCGGUGAUCUUGCCCACCUCAAGCCCGGGGCUGCAGCCCAGCCACAGAUGAACUCUACCUUUGCUUUCAGAACCACUUAGUCCUUUUGUAACAAAGAAAAAAAAUGUUUCUUACAAUGUCAAUAAAAAAUUCUUUGUACGGAAA